CAUUAGCAUUUCCCCGGGGGCAGGGGCGGCGCGGUGCUGGAGUCUGCAGCAUCCCGGCGCCCGGGCUCUGGUCGCUGCACGCCUGGGCUCCCUGUCUCCUCCCCUCUCCCACCCUCACCUCCACGCGGGGCUGCCCGGGCCGGUCAACUAGGCGCACUUUGCCCCUUGUUGGCAGCGGAUAAAAGGGGUCUGAGGAAAUACGGGACACCGUCACCCACUGCCAGCUCCAGCCUUUAAAUCCCCAGCGCGGGGAGAUCCUCGCAUCGCAGGUCGGCCCCGACGCCCAUCCGGCGUGCGAGGCGCAGAGCAGGGCUCCGAGCGCAGCGCCGGGUCUAGCCGCGCACAGGCGGGCUCCGGAACAGAAGUCCACCCUCUGCGCCAGCGCUCCCAACUCCGCUCCCCGGUCCCAACCCUGGGAAAGUGAUCCCUGCGUCCGAGCGUCAAGAUGCCGGCCCACUUACUGCAAGAGGAGAUGUCCAGCUCCUACACCACCACCACCACCACCACCAUCAUAGCGCCUCCCUCCAGGGUCCUGCAGAAUGGAGGAGGCAAGUUGGAGAAGACUCCCCUCUACUUGGAAGAAGACAUCCGCCCUGAAAUCAAAGAUGAUAUACAUGACCCAAGCUACCAGGAUAAGGAGGGCCCAAAGCCCAAGCUUGAAUAUGUCUGGAGAAACAUCAUCCUCAUGUCUCUACUACACUUGGGAGCCCUGUAUGGGAUCGUGUUGGUUCCCACAUGCAAGUUUUACACCUGGCUCUGGGGAGUAGUCUACUAUUUUAUCAGUGCCCUGGGCAUAACAGCAGGAGCUCAUCGCCUGUGGAGCCACCGAACUUACAAAGCGCGGCUGCCCCUGCGGGUCUUCCUGAUCAUUGCCAACACAAUGGCAUUCCAGAAUGAUGUUUUUGAAUGGGCCCGAGAUCAUCGUGCCCACCACAAGUUUUCAGAAACACAUGCUGAUCCUCAUAAUUCCCGACGUGGCUUUUUCUUCUCUCAUGUGGGCUGGCUGCUUGUGCGCAAACAUCCAGCUGUCAAAGAGAAAGGCGGUUUGCUAGACUUGUCUGACCUAAAAUCUGAGAAACUGGUGAUGUUCCAGAGGAGGUACUACAAAUCAGGUAUCCUGCUGCUCUGCUUCAUCCUGCCCACACUUGUGCCCUGGUGUCUCUGGGGUGAAACUUUUCAAAACAGCUUGUGUGUUGCCACUUUGCUGCGUUACGCCAUAGUGCUCAAUGCCACCUGGCUGGUAAACAGUGCCGCCCACCUCUACGGAUAUCGCCCUUAUGACAAGAACAUUAGCCCCCGAGAGAAUAUCCUGGUUUCACUGGGAGCUGUGGGUGAGGGCUUCCACAACUACCAUCACUCCUUUCCCUAUGACUACUCUGCCAGUGAGUACCGCUGGCACAUCAACUUCACCACAUUCUUCAUCGAUUGCAUGGCUGCCCUUGGUCUGGCUUAUGACCGGAAGAGAGUAUCCAAGGCUGCCAUCUUGGCCAGGAUUAAAAGAACUGGAGAUGGAAGCUACAAGAGUGGCUGAGUUUUGGGUCCCUCAGGUUCCUUUUUCAAAAGCCACCUGGGCAGAGUUCUAAUGUUCUGUUUAUUAACUACUGAAUAAUGCUACCAGAACGCUAAAGAUGAUGAUGUUAACCCAUUCCAGUACAGUAUUCUUUUAAAAUGCAAAAGUAUUGAAAGCCAACAACUCUGCCUUUAUGAUGCUAAGCUGAUAUACUUAUUUCUUCUCUUACAUUCUUUCUGUUCUAGUCCCAUUGUCUUUCUCUUUGCUUUGAUCUUUUCACCUUGCUUUCUUUUUUCCCUCAUUGCCUCCCAGGCAAAACCACUCGUCAGUUAUUGGUGGGUGUCCAGCUUCCAAAGCUUAGACAACCUUUCUGUAGUCUAAAACCAUUGGUCUUUGCCCCAGAUAACUCUCUUACCUUGAGCUGUCCUGAGCUUCAAGGUAGGUGGCUCAAGCUAGAGAUACAGCAAAAUCUUCUGGGAAGUCCCCUGUUAAUUAUCUUCAGCUCAGGCUUUUGCUAGAUGGAAUGGAAAGAUAACUUUAUUGGCACAAAGCUUCAAAUGCAGGUGAAUAGUCAGGGGAGAGAGGUAGCAUGCACGGUCUGACUGGUAAGUGAGGAGAUGGGGUCAAGGCGGGAAACAAGGCAAGAGAAAACUCUUGCCAGGAUCAGAUGUACAGCUGCCUAGUGAGGAUUUGGAGCCUCACCCCAUAGCAUGCUUCCUUUCUCUCCUGACACUGGGUAGGGAACAGCCAUGGAACUUGGCAGUGCUAGAACAAAAGCAAAUCUCAACGUCUCAAUAUAGUUUGGGCUGAUGAUAAAGCUUUUAGUUUGUAGUAAAAGUGGCCACUGCUGGCGAAGGAUUUUUCUUCUUUAAUAAUAAGGAGAUUUCUUAUUUCAUAGGACAAAAAGUCUUGUAAUUGGGUGUCUCCAUAACUGGUAAAUACAGCGCUGCUCAUCAAAUUUUGAGGAUUCCAUGAGUUGCCCAUCACAAUUCUUAAAUCUUUCUGGUCUGUCAUCUUCAGAGUAUUGGUCACUCUCCCCUCAUAGUAAUAAGAUGGGAAAGGAAGGAUUUUAGGAGGUGGAGUUGGGUCAAACAUAAAAAUAUAAAUACAUAUAUACUUUGCUUGGAACCUUAGAUAUUUAGAGUCUGUUCCUCUGAAAGAAGGAUGUUUGAAGAAACUAAAAGAGAGGAGGAAUUAGCUGGGUUAUCUAUCCCUCCCACCCCGGCCCCCAACAGGAGAUGGAGAUGUUGAGGGGCGGGGCCUGUAGGCAGCUCCUAAGAGAUAACUUUACAAAAGAAGGGCUCUGAGAAUAUGUUGCCAGGGGAUUUGGAAGGUAAUUGAGUAAGUUGUUGGGUGUCCUAAUAAAAGAAGUUAGAUGUUAGGUCCAUUCAUUAGUUCCAAUUUCUCCUUGGAAUGAGUAAAAACUAGAAGGCUCCUCCCACAAUGUUGGGCUCCAUCAUUACUUCCUUGCUCUGUAAACCUCUAACUUAAAGUAUAGGACUGCCUGAGGGGAGAGGUAGGAAUCUCUUAAUUACCCUGAUGUCUGAUUCCUGGCUUUACCCGAUCUGUCCCUUUUCUUCUACUGGUUUUGUCUCCUCCCUGAUGUUCUCUUCCUUCUCUGGACAGGCAUCCUCCUUUGUGUGUAAUCGGAGGCAGUGAUGACUUGCUGUCCACGCAGCUCUCUCCUGCAGACAGAAUGCUCAGGGUCACUGAACCACUGCUUCUUAGAACAUAGAGCUAGCUGCUACUUUCAUGUGGCUUCCAGAGUGUCUCCACCUACACCCCUCUGCUGCCAUCCCACACUGAUGGCUCAAGACAAGGCUGGCAAACCCUCCUAGAAACAUCCCUGGCUCCAUGAGGCUCACUCUCAUGAGGCACAGCCAAGCCAAAUAUUCACAUUGUGCCAGUGAGCCAGCCAUGGAGCAAAGGAGAGUUUGUUUUCAGUCACCUGUCUGGGUCAGAAUCAGAGAACAUGCUGAAUGUCCCCUGCUUGCUCAGUAAGGCUGGCCCACCCGAGUCAGUGCUCCCAGCUGAUGGUGCAAUGCUUGUAGAAGUAAGAGGAAGCCUAGUCCUCACUGGGAAGCACAAGGAGCAAGGGCGAGUUCCCAAGUGCCUCACUUCGAAAGGAGGCCCCAUACCCUGGAGCCAGGGUCUACUGCACACCGUAGGCUGAGACCUGGACCUGAGAUGUCAUGAACUUUGCUACACAGAGUCUGUUCAGCAAACCAGCAUUCCCUAUAACAGCCUAGAGCAGACAAUAGUAUAGAAGAAAUCUGGGGGGAAAAAACACACAUCAGUGUUUUGAGAACCUUGGACCACUGCUGUCCCUGUACCUCAGUCAUCAAUGCAGAAGCCUGGCUUUGCUCUAUUAAGAUUGGAAAUGUACAAUACCAAAUGCUCUGUCCACUGUUGAACCCCAGUGGUGGAAGGGAGGAGGGCCUUUCUUCCUGUGUUAACUGAAUAGAGGCUACAGGGGUUAGCCUGGACUAAAGACACCCUUGUCUUUUCAGCUGUUCAUUUCAGUAGAAAAUCUAAUGGAAGAUCACUGUAGUUUAGAUCUACUGACCUGUGUGCCUACCCCUUGGAAAAAUGUCUGUUGGGUAGUUUUAAUUUCACAGGUAAUCAGAUGCCUGCUUUAUAAUAUAAGAACAAUAAAAACAGCUUUCUCUUCUUUCUAUUGUAAUCGUGUUCCAUAGAUCUGAUCCAUACCAUGACCCUACACAAGGUUGGACGGACACCUCAGGCCAAGGUCCCCAGUGUGUAUGCGGGUGUGUAGGUAGAGUGUGUCUGCUGAGUAAAGAAUACUUUUCAAGAUUCUAAAGCUCAGUUCAAGUGACACAUUAAUGAAAAACUCAGAUCUGCUCAAGUCUGAAUUUCUAACAGUCCUUUGUGGGUGUGCUGACAACUUACUUGGGUGCCUUACAUCUUUUCUAAUCAGUGUUGCAUAUGAGCCUGCCCUCACUCCCUUUGUGGAGUCCUUUUGCACCUGAGAGCCUACACGAGUGGCUGGUAAAAAAGGAGACUGGCUGGAGAAUGAUCAGUACAGUGAUUUGCAGGAUUCCCCUCUGGGCUUCAUUCUGGCAAGUUUUCUUAGGGCUAUUUUUAUUUUUAUUAAGUGCCCACAUUUGAUGGAGGGUGGAAGUAAUUUGAAUGUAUUUGAUUUAUCUUUUUUUUUAGAUUAAAAGAUGGUUGUAGCAUUUUAAAUGAAAUAUUUUCUCCUUAGUUUGCUAGUAUCCGAAAUAUUCUCUGUAAGUGUAGCUCAAAUAGGUCAACAUGGAAGGUUAAGAAAGCAAGGUGGCAAUGUUCACUGGUGGUUAAGGCCAAGGCCUCUCCUACCACUGUGCUACUGACUUACUGUGUGAUCCUGGGCAAGUCACUUAACUGUAAUGUGCCUCAGUUUUCCUUCUGUUAAAAUGGGGAUAAUAAUACUGACCUACCUCAAAGGGCAGUUUUGAGGCAUGACUAAUGCUUUUAUAUAAAGCAUUUUGGGAUCCUUCAGCAGAGGAAUUCUCAAGUCCUGAGUAUUUUUAUAGUAGCAGUGUCCACCAUGAACUUGAUAUGUCCGUGUGUCCCAGGUGCUAUCAUAGUCUAUUUGGUUCUCUCUGAGAGACUGUAUGAAUCCAUUGGAUAAGUGGUGGAUAACUAGCCAGACAAAAUUUGAGAAUGCAUAAAGUUAUUGCCAUGGAGAUAUACACAGGAUACCUUUUCUUCAAGGGGUGGGAUUUUUCCCUUUUUAUGUGAGAUAGUAGUUAUUUGUGACCUAAGAAUAAUUAUGGAGUAAUUUCUAUUAAUAUCAACUCUGAAGCUAGUUGUACUGAUCUGAGAUUGUGUUUGUUCAUAAUAAAAGUGAAGUGAAUCUGA